AAUAAUAUUGAUGACCAACAUCUGCUUUGCAUUUUAGAUAACAUAACCAAUAAAGCUCCAAAGUGACGACCAUGUAGCUUCCAAAAGAGUGUUUAAUUUUGUAAUUUCGGAAUAGCCUUACUCACAAUAUUACUAUAUUGAAAUAAUGUGUGAGAAAUAUGCCGUAGAUAUUGCAGAAUCUGCAGACAAUGAAGAUAGUAUUGGCGUUAAAGUCGGAGGAUCUGUCGGUGGUGUUUUGUUCAUUUGUAUAUGCAUAAUCGCUGUUUUGGUAAUCAUGAGACGAAGAAAUAACGCAACUGAAAAAUCAAGGACUGAAGAAGAAUUCCAAAAUCUUCCGAAAAAUGCGAGAAAGACGAGAAAAAGAAAAUGUGAUUAUUCACAAGAAGUCCAUUACCAAAAUAGGGACGACAUAUCUAAUUGUGUCAACGAGGUAUCUGUUACAGAGGAACACCAAUCAGAGGGCGGUUACUAUAACAUUACACCAAAGGACACCUGUAUGAAAAUCGAAAACCUCCACCGAUUGAUUACAGAAAAGGCCAACAACAAAGAAAAUAAUAUGUUUAUUGCAGAAUUUCAGGAAUUGCCAUCAGCAAACACUGACAUUUGUACCUCAGCACAGAAAGAGGAGAACGUAACGAAGAAUCGGUUUAAGACGACGUUUCCAUAUGAACACUCUCGAAUUAUUCUGAAAGAAUCAUGGAAUGAAUCGGACAAUGAUUACAUCAAUGCAAAUUAUAUAAAGGAUGUAAAGGAUGAAGAGAGGUACAUUGCAUCGCAAGGUCCCAGGAAGAACACCACGGCGGAUUUUUGGAGAAUGAUAUGGCAAGAAAAUAUCGGAACAAUCGUGAUGCUAACAAAUAUUGUCGAGGGAGGAAAGCACAAAUGUUCCCGAUACUGGCCUGAAGAGGAAGGUACUGUUUUUGAGGUUGGUCCUUGUACAGUACGAUUGACGAAAGAAACCGUUUAUGCAGCAUAUAUAAUCCGAUCCCUGCUCGUUCACAGGGAGGAUACAUCUGACAAAAGAGCAAUCACACAGUUCCAUUACACUGCUUGGCCUGACCACGGUACACCGGAAGAGGCGGGACUGAUUCAGUUCCACAGAGCGGUCAACAAAAUAUACCGUCCUGGCAACCCCUUACUGGUACAUUGCAGUGCCGGCGUGGGGAGGACGGGAACGUACAUUGGUCUGGAUUCAUUACUGCGGCACGGAACAGAACAGGGAAAGAUAGACGUUUUCAAUUUUGUGAAACGGAUGAGAGGCGAUCGAAUGACAAUGGUUCAGACUCGAGACCAGUACGUGUUCUUACAUAAGGCGCUAUUGCAUGGGUUUCAGACUAGGGAUACCCUUCUUGCGUUAAAUGAUUUCUCCAGAAAAGCAAGAGACCUCAUCGAUGACAUAUCGCGACAAAACCAAAGCACCUUAUACCAGGAGUUCAAGAGGCUUUGCAUGUUAAGACCAACUUAUGACGAAGAUGACAAAUGCGAUGCAAGGAAAACCGAGAAUCUCAAGAAGAACGCUAUAGUGGAAAUUUUACCAGUGUCCAAAUAUAGACCCUAUUUGAUGACGAUCGUGGAAGGAAGAAACGAUUACAUAAAUGCUGUGUUUAUCCCGAGUUUCACGAACAAAACUGGAUUCAUUAUAACUCAGACACCCCUCCCAGACACGGAAGUAGAUCUCUGGACGAUGUGCCUGGACCAUGAUGUUGAUGCAGUGGUGAUGUUAAUUGAAGAAGCUGCAGAAGACACAUGGCUUCCUCGAAGAGGAUCACCAAAGAUGUGUUCCCCAUACAGAAUAUCAUGCGAGAAAACCGGAAGCACGACGGAUCUUGUAACGCAGGAUACCAUGUUGAUAUCAAGUGAAGAUCAACAGAAGCCCCUGGAAAUCAUCAAAUUGCCAUCUAAUGAUGCAUCAGCGUUUUCAACAGCAAUCGAUCUACUGCAGGAAAAAACAAGAACAAGCCAGUUCACCACUGUAGUAGUUAGCAGGAACGGUGCGGGUCCUGCUGGGAUAUUUUGCGCAGUCUAUAACGCCUUAGAGCAACUGCGCAGAGAUGAAGAAGUUGAUAUGUUCACCAUUGUCCGACAGAUACAUACCAGGAGGCCUGAAGCCAUCGACAAAUUGGAUGAGUACACCAGGUGUUUCGAGAUCGUAUUGAAUGCUGUGACUACAGAAAACAUUUAUGUGAAUCUUUGAUACGCAAACAGACAGUAACAUCUUAUGUAGAUUUAAACCAGAACCGUAUCAUAUAGUGCUGUUUAGAACACGCCAUGAUGUGUACAUUUGAAAGGAAUCAUAAAACAGACAGGACGUAAUGCACCUUACUUUUUAAUGAACGUUUACUAGUUUUAUUUAUUACUAUAUAUUCAUAUUUCCAACCGUUUUCUCUCAUAUAACUCUAUUAGGAGCAAAACGUAUAUAUCAGUGUAUGAAUAUCUAUAUGGGUCAACUGUACAUAUAUAUGUUUAAUAAAAGUAGGUUAUAGGUACUACUUUUACUAAGGCAAUACACAUUUAGGCUAGCCAUCUUUCCCACUGACUAUAGAAGUUUAUCAAUAUGAUGAAGUCAACAUCACAAACCGUAUUUAUGAUUUUAUUUGUAUUCCGAGCAAUAAUAAAAACAUUUAUGUAAACCAA